AUGAAAACGAUGAUUGUUAUUCUUUUUUGGAUUAUGGCUUUGCUAUCAAUUGUUCUAUUUCUAUUCAUUAUUUCUUUGUCUAAUGGUGAUCAUCCAAAUCCAAAACGUGUGUUAGAUAACAUGUAUAUUGAAUUUGAUCGUGUUCGAUAUUGUGUACGUCGUUUAAAUGCUACACAUGAAAUUGGUUGUCAAUCAUCAUUAUCUGGUAAUACGGGUAUUAUGCAUAUGAUCGAUCAGGAAACAGAUUUUACUUAUUUUAUGAAUAAUUUUAAAUCACAAAAUAAAUAUAUAAUUGUAUUAAAUGCACAAUUAUUUGAUUCAUCUCAUAUUGAUCGUUUAAUUGAAACGAAUAAAUUGAACGGUCUUUUGCUCUACCUAAAAUCAAAUACAACUCGUCCCAGUUCGUUUUCACAUGAUGAUCAAUGUCCAAAUAAUCGCAAUUAUACUCUCUAUCCUGACCAACAACAACAAACUUGUCAAUGGAAUGCUAAUGGAACAGGUUUAUUUUUUCGCCAUUUUUCAUUUCCUAUUAUGAUGAUAGAUGAAUACGAUGAUUAUAAACGAAUUGUAGAAGUUUAUCAUAAAUUUAAUGAUAGCAAUACACAAAGUCCAUCGUGUGGUUUAGAAAUGAAAACAUUUAUGAAUGCAGCUCAUUCAUCAAAAACAUGUAUGAGAAGAAAUCAAAUAUCACAUUUACUCAUUGAUGUAGAAGAAACAUAUUGUGAUCCAGUGGGUGGUUUAAAUAUUUACGCAAAAUUUUUAACUUAUCCAGUCAUGAAAUCAACCAGUGAUACACAACAAAUAUCAAAUCCAAUCAAAAGCCGUCCACCAAAAUCAGUUAUUUUAAUACUAGCCCAAACGGAUGGUUUUCAAUUUUUCUUAAAAACAAAAAUACCUGGACAAGGUGCUGAUCAACCUGGUAGUUCGUUGAUUACAUUUCUGUCAUUAGCGCAUAUAAUUGGUUCAAAUGCCUUAUUAAUCGCUAAAUUGAAAGAACAAGAACGUGAUAUUUUAUUUUUAACAUUAGAUGGUGAUUCGUUAGAUUAUAGUGCAUCUUAUCGUAUUAUAUUUGAUAUGAAUAAUAAUUUGUUCCCAUCAACAGAAUCAAAAUAUGAAGAACGUAUUAAAUUAGAUCAUAUUCAUUCCAUUAUUGAAAUACAAUCAAUUGGUUUAGCGGGUGAUAACAAAUUGUGGAUACACACUGAUCCAAACGCAGUUAUAAAUCAAACAUUUAUUAAUCUAUUAAUUAACAAUAGUAAUGGUUCAAUAGAUCAUCUGGCAAAUGUGCGUUUGCCACCAGCAUCAUCACAAAUAUUUUUACAACAAACAAAUUCAACAUUACCAUGUUAUGUGUUAAGUGACGCUAAAGAAACAUAUCAAAAUCAUUAUUAUCAUUCAAUAUUCGACGAUAUAUAUAAUUUGAAAUUGAACUCGACCAGUUACAAUCAAACAACCGAUUUUAGUCUAUGGAUUAAACAAAUUGUACAACCAUUAGCACAAUCUAUUAUUCAGUUGGCAGUUGGAGAUUUGCCAGGAAAUGUAUCAUUAAUUAAUCAACAGAUAAUUAAUGAUCUUGCCUAUUGUAUAUUGCAAAAUAUUAACUGUGAAAUGAUUCAUAAUUUAACUGUAACAUCUGUCGGCAAUACAUUCUCCCAAUUCAAUCUUACAUCAUUACCAUUUUCUAUCAAUACUUAUCCAACAUCUUCUACACCCACUUUUACCUUUAUCGAAAAUGUUCUCGCCUAUUUUUUACGAGAUCGAUCAUUUGAUCGUUUAAAUAUGACCGAAGAUGGAUGUAAAAAUUAUACAAAAGAUGUGACAGACAUGAAUCAAUAUACAUAUGUUAAAGGUUAUAGACCAUCAAUUGAAAAUGAUGUAUAUACUGGUUAUUGUGUAAAAUCUUAUUUAAAAUAUUCUCAAUCGUUAUCACCAGCAUUUAUUAUUAAAAAUUAUGAUUUAUCGACAUUAACCUAUCCUGCAUGGACAGAAUCACGCUGGGCAUUAAUUCAACUGAGAUUAUUUGUUAUACCAACAAAAAAACAUGAAAUAGCCACAUUAAUUAUUGGCAUUAUUCUAUUAUGUUUAUCAUUUAUUAUUUGUGCACUUCUAAGAAUGUCGGAUUAUAAACGAAAAAAGCAUUCAAAUCAUGAUGGCAGUAGUGAUGAUGAUGAAAAUAAUGGUGAUAGAAAACAAAAAAAUAUUCGAGAAAAAUCUCCUCUACCAUUAACAUCUACAAUUGCAAAAGCUACUCCUCCAUCCAAACCGGUCUGUAAAUAUGGUCGAGAAUGCUAUAGAAACAAUCCCGAUCAUUUUAGAGUUUUUCAUCAUCCAACUACAGAUGAUUUAAAAUCAACUGAAAAACUACCAACAACCACAACAAAAAAUGCAACUAAAAACUCUCAUUCAUCAAAAGAGAAAAAAGAAGAAACAACAAUAGUAAAAGAAAAUACACUCGAUCGAUAUAUGGCAACAACAGAAACAUCAAAUAGUUUUAAAGAAAAGGCAACGAGUGAUGAACAGACUACAGUAAACGAUGAUAUAAACACAUACUUAAAAUUAUCUAAUGAAAAACUAUUGUUUGCGUUGUAUGAAAUACAUUUUCCAAAAGAUCUUUAUGAAUUUUGGAAAUUUUGUACAGAUAUGAAUGAAGAAUCACCAAGAGAUGCAUUAAAAUCUCUUCUUAAUUUUGAACUUGUUGGUCCGUUCGAAAUAUUAGAUGGCUAUCUUCGCUCUUCUUCAACCGUGCCUAAUCUCCAUUUACAUUAUCGAUAUUUUUAUGAUGUUCCCGAAUUUAUGACCGUUAUCAAAGGAGAUGAAACAACACAAUUUCAUAUUGGAUAUUAUAGGUACGUAAUUUAAUAAUUUCUGCUAUUAAAUCUACGUAUGAAUUUUUGAAGCGUAACGUGCAAGACAUUGAAGAAAGAUGUUUAGAUUAUUAACAUUAUUCGUUUGUUAUUAAUGAAAAACGCUUUAGGCUCUCAUGUUUUAUUUUUUGAUCUGACGAGGGAAGGCCCCCGACUGUCAAAUCGCUUUUGACGUAAAACCUAGUGGACGACUGGUAACCGAGCAUGCUGAUUCCGAAUAUGACGAUGUUUUUUGCCAAUGCGUCUUUGGAGGCCCCGGUUUUUGAAAAACUGGCUUUUCACAAUGAAAAACUUUUUUGACCCGUUUAAAUGAAAGCGCAUGUUCUAAAACCUACGCAAAACUAUUUUUUAAAGUUUUGGAACGGUUUUGAACAGUUAUUAAAGCGUAGCGCAAUAAAAAGCUAUUUUUCGGCUGUAGUAUUAAGUUUCGACCCUUUAAAAACUGUUAAAAACCGUUCCAAAACGUUAAAAAAUAGUUUUGCGUAGGUUUUAGAGCAUGCGCUUUCAAAAACAUCAAAACAAUUUUGAUCAAAAAACGUUUUUCAUUGCAAAAAGCCAGUUUUUCAAAACCCGGGGUCUCCAAAGACGCAUUGGCAAAAACCAUCGUCAUAUUCGGAAUCAGCAUGCUUGGUUACCCAUUGUCCACUACGUUUUACGUCAAAAGCGAUUUGACAGUCGGGGGCCUUCUCUCGUGAGUGUGUAAUGAAUAUGAAUGAUCAUCUAUAAAUAAACAGUUGAUAAUGUCGUUUUAGGCUAUGAUUUUGAUUAGAUUCAGAUAAAAUUGAAUCCUUGGUACAGCCAUACAUUAUAUGUAGACUGCCGGACAGUCUCGAUCCCGUGGCACCGGAAUUCAGAGAAAGCUAUUUUACGGAAUUGGGAUCGGGGCCUAGAGAUCUUCCGGACGGUCCCAGUUCUGCGGAAUGGUCCCGGUCCCGCAGGACUUUUAAUGCGACCGAGACCAGAUUUUUUUGAAAAUAGUCUUGUAUGGAGCAUAAAAAUUUCUUAGUUUCUGUGCUUGUUUGGCACCAGUUCUGCGAGAAUGAACUCAUAGAAAAUUCUAAAAGUCUUCAAUUAAUACCACCCACGCAUGCUCUUCCACAAGCCACAUUACAACGCGCUGACUUUCAAACUAUCAGCGUUACUUUGAAAAAAUAUUUAUGGAACCACAAAAUCGGGACGUUUUUCACGGAUUGAUAAGGUAGUAACAGCAGCUGUUUUUAGAUUCAUCUUUAUUUAAUCAAAAUUAAAAUUAAAACUUUUUUUAAAAUAAACUUUUUUAUAAAAAUAAAGUCGACGUUUCGAAAAUUGACUGAAUAACUAAACAUAGGGCAUAAAAUACAUUUUUUUUGUGAUAUGAGAGAGAGAAAGAGAGAAAUAGACAUUCAUUGUAAGAGAGAGAAAAACAUGUUUUGUAAAAUCGAGAAAAAUGAACAGACUAAUACAAGGUCAAAAAUGCCUUGAGAUGUUAUUUUGUUAAAAUGAUGAAUUAUCCUCCUGGAUCGGGUAACAAUUUUUUGGAAAUUCCAUUGGGAUAUAUGAAAAGGGAAACUGAACAUACUGUGUUAUUUAAUUUUGGCUGAUAUUCCAAUAUUCUUAAAGAUUCUUUAAUGAGUAACCGAUAACAGUUUGAAUCCGUUAAUAAAAUUUUAAACUCUUCCCAAUUAAUAGUAUGAUGAGUAUCAGAAAUAUGUUUUAGAAGAGCUGAUUUUAAAUUAUCUGACGUAACAGUUUCUAAGCAAAUGCUUAGAAACUGUUACGUCAGAUAAUCCCGUCUCUAUCUCGCCAGCUGUCUCAUCAUUGUCUUGUUUAUUUGUUAUGGGCCGUUUAUGGCAAGCCGAGAAGAAUGUCUUAAAUUAGAUUCAUUUUGCUAAGGUGAAAAACGAUUUUUAACAUUUUUAGACUUUCUUUGAGAAGCAUUUAGAGUUGUUUUUUUAUGUAUCAUAGUUGUAGAUAAAUUAUAAAGGG